AUGGAUACACUGAAGCUCAGAGGUCUGAGUCUAGUUUUUUCUUCAUCUAGAGCCAGCUACGAAAUAUCCUUGCUUAUAGCAAAACAUGGAAAGAAUCACACUAUUGGAGAGCAACUGACUAAACCUGCUAUCUCAAUAUUCUUAAAAACUGUAUUACAAAAAGAUGAUGGAGAUAUCAGGACUAUGCCACUCAGUAAUAACACUGUCUCGAACAGAAUAGAUGAAAUGGGACAAGAUGUUGAAAGCCAGCUCAUUGAGAAAUUAAAAUUGCGUAAGUUUUCAUUACAAAUGGACGAAUCCACAAUCCGGGACAGUGAGGCUCUGUUAUUGACUUAUGUGAGGUAUAUUGACCACGAGGAGUUUCAGGAAGAGAUGCUGUUCUGCGAAUCGUUUGAAACCACCACAACUGCAAAUGAUAUUUGCAUCAAAAUCAAACAUUAUUUGGAUGCAAACAAAAUACCAAAGGAAAACUUACUGGCAUGUGCGGCAGACGGUGCACCUGCCAUGAUGGGCAAGAAUACGGGAUGCUUAAAAAUGAUGAAGGAUGAAAAUCCAAACAUGUUGACUGUCCAUUGUGUAAUACACCGAGAAAACUUGGUUGCCAAGAAAUUGUCCCCUGUUCUUAACAAGAUUCUUCAAAGUGUGAUCAAGUGUGUCAACAGCAUUAAAAGAAAUUCUAAAUCUGAACGUCUUUUUAAGCAGUUUUGUAUAAAUCAAAGUGCCGAACAUGUUCGAUUAUUGCUUGAUACAGAAGUAAGAUGGCUAUCAAGUGGAAACUGCUUAAAGAGGUUCAUGGAAUUAUUUGAUCAGAUUAACGACUUUCUUAGUGAUAAAUGUGAAAUGAAAUUGCUGUCAACAACGGAUGGAAAAGCAUUUGUCAGUUAUUUGACAGACAUAUUUGAGAAACUUGGAAACUUGAAUAAACAACUUCAAGGUGCAAACAUGACACUUAUUGAUGCAAAAGCAAAGAUUUUUGGAUUUAUUACAGCUCUCGAAUUAUGGAAAAAGAAAUUUUCCAAAAGAAAUUUCAGUGAACUUUACUGGUUGAGUAAAUGUGAAAUAACGAAUGAUGCUGGCAUUGUAAUUAUUGAUCAUUUAAAUAUCUUGAUAAAGGAUUUCAAUGACAGAUUUUGCGAUUUAAAGGCAAUGAAUUUUCCUUCUUGGUUAACUCAACCGCUUCUGAUUAACGUUUCUGAUGCUACAAUCCAAUACCAAGAAGAGUUAUCAGAAUUACAACAUGAUGAAUCAGUGAAGACUUUGUUUAAAUUGAAAGGUACAAAGAUGUGGCUAUAUGACGAGGUUGAAAGAAAAUAUCCUAAAAUUUCUACAUCAGCGAGAGAGCUACUGAUUCCUUUCCCUUCGUCUUAUUUGGUCGAAUGUGGUUUUAGUGCAGUUGAUAAUUUGCUCGAAGCCAAGAGAAACCGGCUUGAGAUUACAAAACGUGGCGAUUUACGACUGAAAUUAACAAAGUUGUCUCCUCAAAUUAAAAACUUGUGCUAUUUUUUUUCAAUUUUGCAACGUGGUAAACGUCCGAGACAUGAAGCUAAGAAAGGUUUUAGGGAUGCUGUCAAAAGCAAUUUUAAGGCUGUUAUUGUGGAUGUUGAAGACUGGGUGCAGUUGACGCGAGAUCAAUCGGUUUGGAAAGAUGUUAUCUACGAUGGUUGUAAACCAUUUGAAACCCGGAGGAUCGAACAAUCCAUCUUGAAACGAGCACUUCGUAAACAGAAUUUGACUUCAAUCCCAGACACUUUGAUACCUGGAAAUGAUUGUAACAUCAGUUUGUCCAAAGCUGGAAUUGCUCUUCAUAUGAGAUUUCAUGACGGCAUUUACUGA